AUGGACUCUCUGGUUCUUAGUGAAUCAGAUUGGGCAAGAUUUAGUAAAUUGAAUUUUCUCAUGGUUAGGAUUAAGAUUCUCACAAAAGAUUCUGUGGAUGGGAUUCAAGUGGAUGGGAUGGUGUACUACAAGAUCCACAGUGCUGUCAGCACCGUUGCUAAUGUCACUGAUGUCCACUCAGCCACAUUCCUCUUGGCACAGACAACCCUGAGGAAUGUUCUGGGUACACAGAGCUUGGCUCAGCUCCUGGCAGGUCGUGAGGAGGUCGUGAGGUCUAUCCAGGCUAUUCUUGACAGUGCCAUGGAGCAGUGGGGUAUCAUAGUGGGUCAUGUGGAGAUCAAAGAUGUCAGGAUUCCUGUGGCCAUGCAGAGGACAAUGGCAGCAGAAGCAGCAGCUGCUCGAGAGGCAAGAGCUAAGGCUGUGGCAGCAGAGGGAGAAAUGAAUGCUUCUAAGGCCCUGAAGCAGGCCUCCAUGGUGCUGGCCGAGUCUCCAGCAGGGCUUCAGCUGCACUACCUGCAAACUUUAACAACCUUGGCAGCAGAGAAUAGCUCCACCAUUGUCUUCCCUCUCCCUAUAAAUAUGCUUGAGAGUUUGGAGCAGAAAAACAGAGGGGGCUAG